AUGCAUACCUCCCUAGGAAGCAUCCAUGUUUCCAACAUGACGACUGGAAUUCGACCAUACAAGUACUGCUUGUCUUUAUCAUUCUUUACUUUCUACUUUUCCUUUGUCGAUGCUCUAUUUUCACGUUCUUUUGAUCAUUUCCUUUGUUUGAUCAACUUCACUUUUACCAUCGUUUUAUCUUUAUUUUCUUCUUUCGAUUCCAACAUUGAGAUUGACAUCCUCGACAAAAACACACCGGAAUCAUACAAGGCAAGGGAUACACAAAAGCCAGGUCAGCCCAGACCAGACAAAAAAAAGAAAAAGGAAAAGGAAACAACAAAAAAAGGGGGAAAGCAAAAAUGA